GCAUGCUCUCCAUGUGGACGCUCUUAGUGUGCUGCUGUGCAGCUUCUUCCAUAUUUAUGUAUUCGGAUUAAAAUUGAAGAAAAUCUCAGCUCAUCGGAAUCUCGGAGAAAACCCUAGUCAUUUUGCCCCAAAUCAUCGAUCCUGUUGAUCUGCGCCCGAAUUGGUCAAUUUUCAGUUUCUGUUCAGAUUGGUUAAGUUUCAGACUCGGAAAUCAAGAUGGAUGAAGAGUACGAUGUGAUAGUGCUCGGAACCGGUCUCAAGGAAUGCAUCCUCAGCGGUCUUCUCUCCGUCGAUGGCCUUAAGGUGCUGCACAUGGAUCGCAAUGACUACUAUGGUGGGGAGUCGACUUCACUUAAUCUUAUUCAGCUUUGGAAGAGGUUUAGGGGAAGUGACAAGCCUCCAGCUAACUUGGGUGCUAGCAGAGAUUAUAAUGUCGAUAUGAUCCCUAAGUAUAUUAUGGCAAACGGUGCUCUUGUUCGCGUCCUUAUUCACACUGAUGUAACUAAGUAUUUGUACUUCAAAGCUGUUGAUGGAAGCUUUGUGUACAACAAAGGGAAGAUUCAUAAGGUGCCUGCAACUGAUAUGGAGGCUCUGAAAUCUCCACUCAUGGGCAUCUUUGAAAAGAGGCGUGCAAGGAAAUUUUUCAUUUAUGUCCAAGAUUACAAAGAAAACGAUCCUAAAACACACGAAGGCAUGGAUUUGACAAGAAUUACCACUAAAGAACUCAUUGUAAAGUAUGGCCUUGAUGACAACACUGUUGACUUCAUUGGUCAUGCACUAGCUCUCCAUAGAGAUGACAAUUACUUGAAUGAACCAGCAUUGGAUACCAUUAAAAGAAUGAAGCUUUAUGCAGAGUCUCUAGCACGUUUUGCUGGAGGAUCACCAUAUAUCUAUCCUUUGUACGGCCUUGGAGAGCUUCCCCAGGCAUUUGCUCGUCUAAGUGCUGUAUAUGGUGGAACCUACAUGCUGAACAAACCUGAGUGCAAGGUUGAGUUUGAUGAGGAAGGCAAGGUGUGUGGUGUUACAUCAGAAGGGGAAACAGCUAAGUGCAAAAAAGUUGUAUGUGAUCCCUCCUACCUUUCAAACAAGGUUAGGAAGGUUGGCAAAGUAGCUAGAGCUAUUGCUAUCAUGAGCCACCCAAUUCCAAACACCAAUGAUUCCAAUUCAGCACAAGUUAUUCUACCCCAAAAGCAGUUGGGUCGCAAAUCAGACAUGUAUCUGUUCUGCUGCUCAUAUUCUCACAAUGUUGCCCCGAAAGGGAAGUACAUUGCUUUUGUCUCGACUGAAGCAGAAACCGAUAACCCCCAGAGUGAACUCAAACCUGGUAUUGAUCUUUUAGGACCUGUGGAUGAGAUAUUCUUUGAGACUUAUGACCGAUUUGAACCAGUCAACGAGCCUUCUCUAGACAAUUGCUUCAUAUCAACAAGUUAUGAUGCUACCACUCACUUUGAGUCCACCGUCGAUGAUGUGCUGAACAUGUACACCUUGAUUACAGGAAAGGUUCUGGAUCUUAAUGUUGACUUAAGUGCUGCAAGUGCUGCUGAAGAAUGAGAAUGCUACUGCUUGUUCUAUGCUUUUAUCCUAGUAAUGUCACAUGGAUAGAAGAAUUUGCCAUAUAAAAUCGAAGAAAUGAUGUCUGCUUGAAUUGUUUCAUUUGUUGGUAUCACAGUGACAUUUGUUGAUGGUAUCAUGAGUAUGGGUCUCUGAGCCUCCGACCCUCUUUGCGACCGGUCUGAGUCUCGUGGUUAUAUAUUCAGGUCGUUGUAUGUUAUCAGUCUGUCUUAUUAACUUAUCCAACCCCCUCUUCUUGCAUCACAA